GCCCGGUUAAGCAGACAAAAGAGGAACAAACGAACACGCCGUUGCCCAUUGUCCGUCCGCCGCGAAAUUCAGCAUGCGAGAGCUCAAAGUCGAGUCAGUUCGCCAGAUGGGUUUGAUCAAUCACGAGCUCGCGGUUCCUCUCUAAACACCAAUCUGGGGCUCCACGAGAUCCUUUAAAUAUGUCCAGGCCGAUGCUGCUUGCCUUUCUGCUGCUCGUGCUCAUAAUCACUUCUCAGUUAGAGUGGAAGCAGCCUCUUCUCGUAGACCCAGAGCCCACCCCAAGCAUCUCCGAAAAGCAAUACCAGAUUUCCGAGCGUCAAGAAGCUGUUAAAGAGAAGAUCAUCCUAUCGCAAGAGAAAAAUAUUCAGAAACUUAACGAACUCGUCCAGAGCCUCAGGAGGCAGCUGCUGCAAUGCAGGGCAGAUAAGGAGACUAGGAACAACACUGUAACUUCUCUUACAGAGCAAAUUAUCGAGCUGGAGCGGCAACAGAUCCUCGAGGAUUGACCCAGGAUGGAAUCCGGUCUCCAAAAUCUUCUUUUCCUUUUCCUAACUCACUGCUGACCCCAGAAUUGAUGACCAUGCAUGCUUUGUCGUUUGUAUGAUAUCACUCCACUGCCUAAACUACAGACGAGACGACUCACUUUCUGUGAGAUUAUUGGUUUGGUGCACCAAACGUUAGCAAAUUCAAAUGAAGAAGAUAUUUUCUUGCAUCUACUGUUUCACCCACAAUUUGCACUCACGGAGCCACAUAAAUGCUUCAUGAAUAUAAGCUGGUGGGGAUGUAUAUAUAUUAACAUGUGUGUGUGCGCGUGUUUUAGUGUUGGGUAGUUAGACACCCAGUGCAUGGAAGUAAAUGAACGCCUUGAACAGUCCCAUCUGAACUGGACCGGCUCUUCAAUGGGACUGAUAUUUGAUGUCUGUAAUGGAACUUUGGAUAAAGAAACUAGGUUUUAAUGUUUUUUGAA